AUGUCGUCACUUCUGCCCCAAUCCGAGGGAUACCUCCCACUCUACAUCUUAUUCGUGAGUUACUACGCCUUGAGUGUGGGCGUUACCGCCAUCGGCAAUGCCAUCCAAUGCUACUUCACCAUGUCCUACACCCAGCGCCUUUACCCUGGUACGCCAUCCUCGAGCCAGACCAAGGACAAAGCCAAUCCGGCAGUCACCUCGCCCGCAACACCUCUCUCGUCGAGGACUUUUGGCACCUGGACGGCGGCAGUCGGAAUUGUAAGAUUGUUUGCGGCAUACCACAUCAAUGAGCCGGCAUGGUACCAGAUGCAAACCCUGACCAAUAUUAUUGGUCUCGUCCAUUUCGGUCUGGAAGCAUUUGUCUAUAAGACGACUCAACCGUCAGGGCCAUGGCUGGCUCCAGUCACUGUGGCAUUGAUUGGGACCGGCUGGAGCAUUGCACAGUACGGGUUCUAUGUCAGAUGA